AAGGUCAAACCAAUGGUACCAUCUUAUGGCCCCCUCAAAACCAUACAACUUUGAAAUAUUUUUCUCCAAAAUGCUCUUUUCCCGAAAUAAAAGAGGCGUACGGGUGGUCUCAGACACCCUGUAUAUGUAUAUAUGUGGGCUUUGUAAAAUACGCAAUGUAAAAGGGUCAUAAAUAGGAAAUAGACUGCAUGAGUGAGAAGAUAAAACAUAAAAAAAUGAUCCAAGGCAUUUGUGGAAACGUGCUUGUUUUAUAAUAAUUGGGGUAGGCGAUAUUUUGGAGUGGUAAUUAAUACAUAGAACAACAAUCACGAUUCCGUCUCCCCCCCGAGAAAAGGACAUUUUCACGAGGACUAUUUAUGCGACUGACCACGAGCGUGGUGCGAAGGCUCAACGACUUUUUUUGAAACGUCAGUACGGUGCAAAACUCAGUGUCACGUUUUAGAUCGACAUCGCCGUACAUAAAGAUGAGAUUCAACGUUCUCAAGAGUUCCACCCGUUCACUAUGUACUGUACAACGCACACCUCAGGUCUGCAUUGUCGGCGCGGGUCCAGCGGGCUUUUACGCGACUCAACGUUUGCUGAAGGACUCGAGCACCGUGAGAAUUGACAUACUGGAUAAACUACCAAUCCCCUUUGGUCUGAUACGUUACGGAGUUGCCCCGGAUCAUCCGGAAGUGAAGAACGUCCUCAAUAAGUUUCACAAAGUCGCGACCAGUCCACGCGUUCAAUUCAUAGGCAAUGUUAAAGUUGGCACGGACGUUAGCAUCAAAGACCUGCGAGACAACUAUGAUGCCGUGUUGCUGGUGUGUAUCUGGUAUUCCGAAUCAGUUAUACUGUCGCGCGAAAAGCACGCUUACGGUGCUCAAUUUGACCGAUUGCUUAAUAUACCUGGGGAAAGUUUAAACAAUGUGAUAUCAGCCCGAAACUUUGUUGGUUGGUACAAUGGGGUGCCGGAAGAUAAAAAUCUGAAGAUUAAUUUGGAUAUAGAGGAAGCAGUUGUCAUAGGUCAAGGCAAUGUGGCCAUAGAUGUUGCAAGGAUUCUUUUGACACCAAUCGACAAGCUCAAGAGAACCGAUAUUACAUCCUACGCCUUGGAAGCUUUAUGUCACAGUAAAGUACGAAAAGUCUUCAUGGUCGGGCGAAGAGGACCCUUGCAAGCUGCAUUCACAACCGCGGAACUGCGCGAGAUUCUCAAGUUGGAGAGCUGCAAGACUUCCUGGCGAAAGCAAGACUUCGAAAACAUACAGACGGUUGCCCCGACUUUAGACAGACCUCGGAAACGACAAUUGGAGCUUAUGCUGAAAUCUUUGGGAGAACUCAACUCCGACUCGAUGCACGCUAAAGAGCUGCAUCCAAUCUUCCUCCGCAGUCCCGUCGAGUUUCAGGGUGACAGCGAAUUGGAGAGCAUCAAAUUUGCCAUCAAUCAUUUGCGAGGAGAGACGAUACAAAAUCAGGUAGCCGAGAUGACCGGUGAAUUUGAGGUGAUCCCAUGCGGUCUGGGUUUGCGCAGCAUCGGUUAUAAGGCCGUUCAAAUAGAUGACUCGGUACCGUUUAACUUCGAGAAAGGGUGCGUGGAGAACAUUAAUGGUAAAGUUGAAGGAAACCUUUACGUAGCAGGGUGGGCAGCAACUGGCCCAACCGGCGUCCUCUUGACGACCAUGGCAAACGCGUUUCAAGUCGCUAGAUUGAUACAAAACGAUUUGAUGUCGUCGAACACGACGGAAAUGAGUCUGGGCUGGGCAGGUCUGAGCGAUAUCUUAAAAAUGAAGGGGAUCCAAACUGUAUCUUACGAAGACUGGCAGAGGAUUGAUCUCAUUGAACAAGAGCGCGGUAGGCAGCGAGAGAAAGUGCGGGAGAAAAUAGUUGACGUGGAGGAAAUGUUGGAAAUCGCUUCAUAGCAUUGCGAUUUACGUGAAGAAUACUUAAAGAAUAUUCGAAAAUGUUUAAUACAUUAUUUAUAAAUGAAGGUCUAGUCUAAUCGGUUCAAUCUAUUCUUUCUUAAACACCUGAGAAAUUAAUUUAAGUUCGUUUUUCCUGUUGCUGCGAAUAUUUGUAACAAAUUACGAAAUAUAUUUUUUUUAUUACAAUAUAUGUAAAGGUGUAUGUUAAAUUGGAUCUAAUCAGAAAAGUUCCAGUGUAUAAAUAGUUGAUCAUAUUUUAUAAAUAUAUAUUUUUAUGGUUGCUUAUCUUUUGUAUUACCAGAUGACUGUAAACUACUAACAAUACUAAAUAGUUUUAGUACUUUAUUAAUGAAGAUCAGAGAC